AUGGCUGUGUCCCUGAAAAAGAAAAUAUGCCAGCUGGAGCCCGAGGGGCGCGUGAAGGUGGAGCUGGUGCUAUGUGCCGCCGAAGCCCUCCUGGCGUGCUGCCUCGAGGACCAGAAGCCCGAGAUCCUAGCCCAGCUGAAGGACAUCAAGGCCCAGUGGGAGGAGACGGUCACCUACAUGACUCACUGUCACAGCCGCAUUGAAUGGGUGUGGCUGCACUGGAGCGAAUACCUGUUGGCCCGAGAUGAGUUCUACCGCUGGUUCCAGAAGAUGCUUGAGACCCUGGAGCCUCAUGUGGAGCUGCAGCUAGGCCUGAAGGAGAAGCAGUGGCAGCUGAGCCAUGCCCAGGUGCUGCUGCACAACGUGGACAACCAGGCUAUACUCCUGGACCGACUGCUAGAGGAGGCAGCCUCCCUGUUCAACAGGAUUGGGGACCCCAGCGUGGACGAAGAUGCCCAGAAGAGGAUGAAGGCCGAGUACGAUGCCGUGAGGGUCAAAGCCCAGGACCGCGUGGACCUGCUGCAGGAGGUGACCCGGGAGCACGCGCAGUACCAGGCAGGCGUGGAUGAGUUCCAGCUGUGGCUGCGGGCGCUGGUGGAGAAGGUGGACGGCUGCCUGGGGCGGGCUUGCAAGCUGACCACCCAGCACCGCCUCUCUGCCCUGCAGGAUAUCGCCAAAGAGCUUCCCAGGGGCGAGGGGUCCUUGAGGAGGCUGGAGGAGCAGUCCGUGGGGGUCAUCCGGAACACCUCCCCUUUGGGUGCGGAGAAGAUCACCGAAGAGCUGGAGGAGCUGCGGAAGGUUCUGGAGAAGCUGCGAGUGCUCUGCGCGGAGGAAGAGGAGAGACUGCAGAAGGUGCUCAAGUCCAAGGGCGCCUGCGAGCGGCAGAUCGCGCAGCUGGAGGCAGAGCUCAGAGAGUUCCGCAAGAGGCUGCAGAGGCUGGCUGACGAGGGCCUGCAGCCCGGGGCGAAGGCGGGGACGGAAGACGAGCUGGUGGCCUGCUGGAGACUCUGCGUGGCGACACGAGUGGCACUGGCCGCAGAGGAGCCCCAGGUGGACCGGCUGCAGGCCCAGCUGAAGGAGCUCCUAGUCUUCUCCCAUGACUUGCAGCCACUCUCUGACAGCGUGGUCACAGCCCUGCAGGAGUACCAGAGCAUGAAGGGGAGGAACACCAGGCUGUGCAACACCACGGGCGUGGAGCUGUGGCAGCGAUUCCAGAGGCCCCUGCAGGACCUGCAGCUGUGGAAGGCCCUGGCCCAGAAGCUCCUGGAUGUCACCAGCAGCCUGCCGGACCUGCCCUCCAUCCAUACCUUCCUGCCCCAGAUCGAGGACCUCUUGGAGCGAAGCCGGCAAAGCGUUCAGGAGCACGGUGCCUUCAGUCACGAGCUGCUGGAGCUGCGGCAGUGGGUCUCCAUGCUCACCCAGAAGCUGGAGGCCCACCAGGGCGAUGCCGGCCCGUGGGGGACGGAGGCCCGAGAGGCAGAGGUGGAGAGGCUGCUGGUGGAACUUCCGGAGAUGGAGGCCAAGCUGCCUCUGGUGGAAGCCCGCGGCCGCCUGGUGAUGGAGAAGUCUUCUCCGGAGGGGGCCGCCGUGGUCCAGGAGCAGCUGGGGGAGCUGGCCGAGUCGUGGCGGGCCCUGAGGCUGCUGGAGGAACGCCUGCUGAGGUGGGCAGCCGCCUGGUCCUGGGCCUUGCCCAGACAGCACCCUGCCCGUAGGGGAGAGCUCAGUCGGGGUUCGGAGAGCAAAGGGCUGGGCUUCUGCCAGAGUGACUGGGACCCAGUGCCCGGAAAUCCAGCCCAGGAAGACGCAGGGAGCCAUGACGAUUUCUCCCAACUCCUGAGGGACUUUGAGCAGUGGCUGCAGGUGGAAAAUUCCAAGUUGGUUAGAAUCAUCGCCACGAAGACUGCCACGGCCAAGGACGUGAGGGCCAGGGACACGAAGCUGCAGGAAUUGGAGGCUCGGGUACCAGAAGGACAGCAUCUCUUUGAAAGCCUCCUUUGUCUCAGACCAGCAAGAGGGACCUCCGAUGAGUUGGAGGACCUGCGCUACCGGUGGAUGCUGUACAAGUCCAAACUCAAGGACUCCAGCCACCUGCUGACGCUGAGUCCUCCCGGGGAACUGGCUGGAUUCCGAAAGACGCAGCAGUGGCGAGGACUCGGCGCGUUCUUCCGGAAGGUGUGCUGCGUGGCGCUCCCUGUGCAGCUCCUGCUGCUGCUGUUGCUGCUACUGCUCUUCCUGCUUCCGGUCGGGGAGGAGGCCCGCAGCUGCACGCUGGCCAACAACUUUGCCCGCUCCUUCAAGCUCAUGCUUCGCUACGACGGGCCUCCACCUACCUAG